AUGAAGGUCUCCACACUUCUCGGCCUGCUCCCCGGCACCGCCCUUGCGUCCGAUGUCUUGAGUGUUGCAUUCUUUGCAAAGGAAAAGAACCAUUUGUAUGACUUCAUCUCGACCAACAACGAGAUCGACUAUGGCUGCAGACCCGUCGUCAUGGCCGCCGAUGGCGAGCACAAGCUGCAUGCAAUCAUCUCGGAAGAGCAACUGCACCACUUCAAGAGAAGCUUGAACUCAGACGUAGUCCGCAUCGAGACUCUUCACAACCUGAACAAGCGACAGACUGCUACAGCCCCUAUCGGCAAGGGCGACCGGUUCAAGGGUGGCAAGGUCGCACCUCGUGGGUUGGGUACUAGGAAGCCGAGCGAGUAUGCGGCUUUUCAGAGUGCCGGUAUCCUGAAUGCGGAUGAAGUUUAUACAGCAAUGAAGGGCUUGGAGAAAGAGUAUGGGCUGACUCUGUUUACGCCACCUCACAAGACGUUUGAAGGCACUUCCCUCAUUGGCGGCGUUGCGAGCAAGGCCGAGAAGGUCAAGAAGGACAAGCAGCACAUUUACUUUACCUCUGGAAUUCAUGCUCGUGAAAGAGGCGGACCUGACAACCUCAUCUACUUCAUUAGCGAUUUGCUCUAUGCGAACGAGCACCGCAUCGGCCUCACCUAUGGCAACAACACCUACUCCAACUCGGACGUCAAGAAGGCGCUCGCUGCUGGCAUCGUCUUCAUUCCCAUGCUUAACCCAGAUGGCGUGCGCCACGACCAAGCGAACAGCAACCUCUGGCGCAAGAAUCGCAACCCUGCAAGUGCUACCCCAGGCAAACCGCGAAGCGUCGGAGUUGAUCUAAACCGCAAUUUCGACUUCCUUUGGAACUUCACUAAGCACUUUGAUCCUUCUACCUCUCCCGCUUCCACAGAUCCCUCGUCCGAGGCUUUCUAUGGCACCGCGCCGUUUUCCGAGCCAGAGACGCAGAACAUGGCUUGGGUGUAUGACGAGUACCCCAACAUCAGGUGGUACAUUGAUUUGCAUUCCGCUGCCGGUACGCUCUUAUACUCAUGGGGCGACGACAUCAACCAGUCGCACGACCCCAAGCAGAACCUUUUCAACCCCGAAUAUGAUGGCAAGCGCGGCAUCGUCGAUGACGAGCUGUACAGAGAGUACAUCGACCAAGAGGAUUGGGACAACAUCAGCUACCAGGCCAACCGUACGACUGCGGCUAUGAUCAAGGCAGGAGGUAGUGUAUUCGAACCCCAGCAGGCUGUUGGUCUAUAUCCCACUUCAGGAGCUAGCGACGACUGGUCAUUCAGCCGCUGGCACAAGAACAAGAAGGUCAAUAAGGUAUACGGAUACACAUUGGAAUUUGGCUACCCGACGAACUUCUACCCCACAAGCGCGGAGUUCAUCCAGAACAUUAUUGACACCAACUCUGGUUUUAUGGAGUUCAUCCUCACGGCUGAUGAGAUUGGUCUCAAGGGUUGA